AUGACAAAACUUUACGCCGCUUCUAACGCCAUCUAUUGCACCUCCGCACGAACUUUUGCACUCACCCAAUAUUUCGACUAAAGCAACGAAAACGCAAAUUUAAGAUAUCAUUAGAGUCAAAGUAAAAUUUAUAUAUUAUUAGAAUUAUGAAAUUCAACCUUUAUUUUAGCUCCUGCAGUGUUGUAAAAUUAAAGGUUUAACAUAGAACCAAGUUUUCAACUUAGGUGCACUGACGAGUAUUAUGGACGUUAACGAGCAGCAUGGAUUAAUAUCUCGAGUCGACUUAAACGCCGAGGGACUUUCUCGCGCGCGAAUUUCCAUCAGCGGAGGAGGAUUGGGUGUGCCUGACGCAACUCAGUAUUUGCAAACAAAAGAGGACGCUGAUUACAAAAUCGCCGGUGUACCGCGCAUGGUCACCGCCAGUGCAGCUCGGCUCCAUCCCGUGAACGUGGUUCAAAGACCCCGCAUGGUAUAUUUCUGGAAAUCAACAUACAAGAUCCAGUAUACAUCACCGCGCGAUUUCUACGUCAGAAUAUACCAGGAGGUACUGAGAUUAUUCUUGUCGCUUGGCAGAUCAUACGUCCCUUGAAAUCCCGCGAUAGAGAAGUUCUAUUAUACAUAUCUGUUGUCCUCAAUGUGUCCUCAAUGUGUCUAAUUAUAAAUCCGAUAAAUCGGAGAACGAAGUUUCGUUUUCUAACUUGUAAUAGAAACUGUUUGAAUAAAAAAAAGGCAUCUUGCGAAUCGUUAUCGCAAUUAUGGAUGAGUUCUCGUUUUAUCCGAGCUUGAUUUUUUUUCAGCAAUUUUUCUCAAGGAGAUUGUAAGGUUCAAUGUCCUAUUUUCAGCGGCGCAUUAAAGGGUUUAUUCAUAAAUUUAAUAUUUAUCAAACAAAAUUACGUUUCUAUACAUUUAUUUCAC